CAGCAGAGUCACCGGUUCCUUUAGUGGGCCAGGCCUGAUGGCUCCCGGAACAAUGUCAAGCUGAAACGAAACUCCUUUAGCCGAUGAGACGUUUUGACUAUUAUCUUAUUUAACCAUUUUGUUUUGAUCGUUCAAACACCACCAUAGCCUGUAAAAUGGAGAUCGGAGCUUUAUCAUGAAACUCCGCGCGCAGUAUGACAGAGGAACAUAUAGCGAGUCCAGAAGAGCGUUUAAACUGAGGGAUUCCCCCGAUCCGAUGCAAGCCGAUCCGAGCCCGCAGGGAGGCAACGGGCUGUCAUUAACCCUGCAGCCGGAGCUGCUCGCCCGAAUGCCCGGCGCCGGAAGUGCCGGCAGGCCGGAAACGGACGCGGAGGUCCGGGUCUCCAUCGGCAGCGGACGCGGCGCGACUUCGCGGAGGCCGAGGGCAGCGAGCCACGGGCACGCGCACAGCCACGGACACGCGCGCAGCCACGAGCACGCGCACAGUCACGAGCACGAGUCCGACAGCGGCGAGUCGGACCUGGAGUCCGGAGAAUCCAGCAGCUCGUUAUCGGAGCUGCGCUACCUCCUGCGCUGGCUCAAGAAGAGUCUUCCGUUCAUAGUCAUUCUCUGUGCGAAACUAGUCAUCCAGCACGCCCUGGGUCUGGCUGUUGCAGUUGGUCUGUUUACCACCUUUAUGUAUGUCAACAAAAGCAUUCAAACGCAAGUGUUUCUCCACGACCGAAGGACAAAGUUGCACUGUGUCUGGCUCUUGCUGUUCCUCACAUCCUCCAGUCUCCUCGUGUUUUACACUUUUCACACUCAGUCACUUUAUCGCUGCCUCAUUUUUGUCAACGCUACAAUAGAUUCUCAGAACUUCUGGGAGGUUUUAUGGAGUGUCGGUGUCACUAACUUCAUUUUGAAGUUUUUCUUCAUGGGGCUCAAGUGUCUUAUUCUCCUCAUCCCCUCCCCGCUCAUGACAUACCGGCGAAGGGGUCAGUGGUACAUGCUCAUAGAGGAAGUGGGUCAGUUGUAUCAAGUGAUCGCUCCUGUCCCGCUUUGGUUCCGGUAUCUGGUCAGCUAUGAUGAGAUGGACACCUCGGUGGGGCUGACUCUGGGGAUCCUGCUAGCCUUGCUCUACCUCAUAAUGAAGCUUUUGGCUUUGUAUGGACUGUCAGGAUCACUGCAAAAAACUUUACAGACUUUUUUCAGUUCUGAGGUGAACGGCGCUCCAGCCAGUCCUGCUCAGGUUAGAGAGGCAGGUGACAUUUGUCCCAUCUGUCAGGCUGAUUUUAAGCAGCCCCGGGUCCUCGUGUGUCAGCAUAUCUUCUGUGAGGAGUGCAUCGCUCAGUGGCUUAACCAGGAGAGAACCUGCCCGCUCUGCCGCACUGUCAUCACAGACAAAGUGCACAAGUGGAAGGACGGAGCAACGUCAGCUUACUUACAAAUCUACUGAAAUCUCGUUAAACCAGCAGUGGAUCCACAGAAUGUGGAUUAUCCCUCUCAGACAUCUCCUUUGAGCAAACAGCACUUGUUAUAAGGCUCUAGUUUGAGAGUUUUUGAAAUGUAGGUAUCUUGUCAUAAGGACAAGUGCAUUCACCAGCUCUUGUAUUAUUAUUAUGUUAUUAUUAUUAUUAUUAUUAUUAUAACUAUUAUUAUCAUCGCAUGAGGAAGCUUAUUUUUUUAGUGUUCAUAAUUUAUAUUCCUCUGCGGUUUUGCAUGUUAUUCCUGGUUUUACUAAUUAACUUGUGAGCGUAAGCGGAAGAAUACAGCGGAUACAAAUGGAUUUCUUCAUCUUGUUUAUGGAGGAAAAUACACAUAUUGUAGCAGAAAUUCAUUUGCCAUGUCCCUAAAUGUAUUUUAACUUUAUUUUGGUUUUAUUUUUCAUAUAUACUGGGUCAUUUUGUACAAUCCUUUUGUCAGAUGCCGUGGUUUUUGUAACUAAAGAAUCAAAGAGUUCUGGAUUUUUCUUUCUCGUUGAAGUAUUCUGGUUUCUUUGGUAAUAAUAUGAAUGUGAGGUAAUCGCACAUCAACUACUGAUUUAUUUAAUGAUGUAGCAUUAGAAUUUUGUAACCAUGUGAUUUUUUUUGUGAUCGAAAAAGAUACAGUGGCUUUUGAAUUAUUAAAAUGAUAAUGUACGUGCUAAAUGCAUUUGUAAUUCAGGCCUUUCACAGAUACAUGGUAUUUUUCUAAUGUUGUACCCAAGUAGUAAUAAACCAAAGCUUUGAAGAGGAAAUAUCUAUUUUAGUACCAUCAUACAGUAUGCAGUUACAGUUGUAUUUUUAUCCAGUAUAUCUGACCAAAUAAAUUUUUCAAACUAGUAAAAAAAA